AUGUUCCCAGAUGUCGUGGUGUUCAAGGACACUCUAAACCGCAAUCUUGUCGACUUGUCAAUUGAGCAGCGACAUUUCGUGGAUGUUAUCACUGUGACUGCGCCGUGCCGCCCGAAGCUUACAGACGACGAAAAGGGCUUUGCAGCUGAACUUGACCUGCAAGACUUACGAGAGAAGAUCUUGUUGAUAUUGAGGCUAGCAGCCGUCAACAGUGUGACGAACCUGGUGCUUGGGGCCAUGGGCUGCGGUGCUUAUCGAUGUCUACCGCGCGCUGCCGCUUGCGAGAUGAAAACGGCGCUCGAAAAGGAAGAGUUUAGCGGUUGGUUUGAGACGACUUCCUUUGCAGUAUACGUUGCUGGGUCUUCCGGCAAACACAACUUUGAUAUUUUCAAGGUGUUCGACAAUCCUUAG